AUGAUGUUGAUAGGACGUAGUAUACGGUCCUCGAUGGGUUUCUGUCUUUGUGCCACGAGGGGUUAUUCUAGUGGACCCAGGCCUAAAAAGCUUAGAUAUCCCAAGAAGAAUGCCUCAUCUUACGCUUCUUCUGGGAAGAAAUCAAUGAAAUUAGCUAGAACUGUAGCUCCCUCCACUGCAUUGAAGACACGUGUUCUAAGAACAGGUAAGAUCAAUCAUAAAAACAAAAGAACUAAUUCUGCAUCUUCCAAGAAUAGUGACGAGCCUAAAUCCUUUAAGUAUGGGGAGUUUGGAGGGUUGAAAGAGGUGUCUGAAACGGAUAUACAGAAGGACAUUUCUAUAAUCGAAAAGAUUGAUAAUUUUGAUGCCUUAAAGAUUUUACCCAUAGUGAGAGAUUCAAUAAGAUCGAUCAUUGCCAAUGAAUCCUCAUUUAAGAGUUCUGAACCAGGAAAGACUGCAAUGACCAAAGAUGAUAUCAAACCGUCACCAGUUCAAAUUCUUGCAAUAAGAAAGCUGGCCAAGAAAUUGAUGGAACCCAAGUUGCAAUUGCAUGCCAUUGCUGCAGAGACAGGUUCAGGAAAGACAAUGGCUUAUUUAAUUCCUUUACUAGAUUAUCUGAAAAGGGUAGAAAUAGAAACUCCAGAUGUUUGGGAAAAGCUAAAGGAUAGGUCAAUCAUAAGAUCGGUUAUACUGGUACCCACACAUGAGCUAGUUCAACAGGUUUAUGAUACAAUAUUGCAAACGGAACAAUCUCUAAAUCUACACACAUAUAAAUGGUCAAGUGGUACUUCUCAUGAAGAAUUUCUUGCUAAACUAAAAGAUAGAAUUGAUAUAUUGGUCACAACCCCAGCAAAACUACUUUCUUUAUUUAAAAUUAGAAUGAUUAGUAGACCAGAUAAGAUAUUAUCUCAGGUUAAAUUUGUGGUUCUAGAUGAAGCUGAUACUUUACUUGACAGAUCAUGGGUAGAAGACACACACGAAAUUAUAAAGAGAAUGCCAAACACUAAUCAUUUGUUGUUUUGUUCUGCUACUAUACCUAAUGAAUUCAACAAGACUAUAACCCGUUUGUUUCCCAGCGUGACACCCAUCGUUACUCCAAGAUUACAUAAACUUCCGCAGGCAUUAAACUUCAAGAUUAUAAAUGCUUCAUUAAAUCCAUUCAAAGGCUCGAAAAUGAAGGCACUGGCACAGAUAUUAUACGCCAUUGCCAAUGAUGGUACUGAACCUGGAUAUGAAAAACGAAGUAUUAUUUUUGUUAAUGAAAAGAAGCAUGUCUCUAAGGUAGUAGAAUUAUUAAAUGAACAAUAUGGACAUAAUGCUAUUGCCCUAACAGGAGACGAUAAACCAGAUGAAAGAAUAAAAAAACUGGAAAGCUUUAUGUCUGCUCCAAAAUUAUUAAAAGGUGUGACUCCAAUAGCAGAGGAAGGAGAUGACACCAAACCGACAGAGAUGAAAAUACCAAACUCAAACAUAACUAUUGGUUCCAUUGAGAAUGAACAUAUAUCUGGAAACAAUAAAUCUGUAAAUAAAAUCUUAAAACUUCUUGUCACUACGGAUUUGAUGGCUAGAGGUUUGAACUUCCAGGGGAUAAAGAACGUUAUCCUCUACGAUGUACCGAAGACCUCAAUUGAUUUAGUGCAUAGGGCUGGGAGAACGGGUAGGAUGAAACAGAGAGGGAGAGUCUUUAUGAUUAUUGAUAAGAAAACAAAGUCAUGGGCUAAAGCUAUUCCACUAAUUCUCAGGAAGAACAAGUCAUUGACCUGA